UAAAAUCAUUCAUCAAUUUUGGAUAAUUCCGUUGAAGACAAAACAAGAGAUAAACAUGAUGUCCAUCAAAUUCCAAUCCGUGCUUCUUGCCUGUAUUGUUCUCUCUUGCCACCUACUUAUACCAGCAGUAGAGGCAGGCCAUCAUCACAGGCAAAACGACAAUGCCCUCGCAGUCCUCUUGGCUGCCGGUCUAUUGGCUAAAUUGUUGAGACAUCACAAGCACGAGGAGCACCACGUUCACAUCCCUGUUCACCAUGAGCACCAUGGCCACCACGAGCACCAUGGUCACCAUCAUGAAGGAAGUGCCAGGGCUGCUGUCUACCAACCAGCACCAGCUGAACAAAUGUAUGCCGGAGCUAUGCCACCUCAACCCAUGAUGAGCAAUGUACCCUAUCCUCUUCCUCAAGCUGCUGUCUAUCCCCCUCAUCCAAGCAGCGUAUCUUAUUGAGAAAGGGAAAGAAACUAGUAGUCUUUAUCUGAUGUAUAUUUUUUCAAAGAUGGGUUUUGCUUCAUAUGUAAGAUAUUUCAUUUGUAGCUUGGAGAUUCGAUUAGUUAUCAUUUUUCAUUUAGUCAAUAAUUUAAAACAUAUUUACGUUAAUUUCAAAUACAAAAAAUGUAAACUAAAGACAAUAUUUUUGUAAUAGUUAUAUACGUAAAUUUCUUUCUUGUUUCUACAGUUCAAUAUAAGUAAUUAGAUACUUACCAAAAUAAUUAUCGGAUUCAUUCUCAAAUUUCUCACAAUCUCGAAAGAGAUAAAUCAAUUUUUUCCUCAAUAUUUUAUUAUUUCAGAGGCAAUAAUUUCUAAGAUCAUUUUUUUGCACAGUAGUUCUUUAACUCUACGGUUGUUGAAAUCUCUAUACAUAUGCACGAUUUCUUACUUCUUCGUUCUUUAGUUUUCAAAAAAGUUACUCUUUCUUAUUAUCUCUGUAUGAAAUUUGUUUACUCAUAUUUUCCCAUAAACAUUUGAUUUACUUUUCUAACAAACCUUUUUAAACAUUUAAAAUAUUCAUCAAAAUCUGGAUGCUUAAAUUGUUUGGAUGAUACUGUAUUGUCACAGCCUUUAAAUAACUUUUGAUCUCCUUUAACAAUACUUAACUAUCUGAAUUACUUUUUCAAAAGCUAAAAUUUCUCCGUUUCUUUUCUCUUUAUUUUUAUCACAGUUUUUAUCCUAUGAUGAAACAUGACUUUCAUCUCUAACUCUAUUUAUCUCACAUUUUUCAUUAUCUCAGCUGUUUUAUUUCCCCCAAUUUAUUAUAACCUCAUUUUACUUUGCUAUAUGAAUUUUUCCUUUUCAUUUCAUCUCUUUGUUUUCCCCUCUAAAUUGCGAUACCUUUAAGAAUUGAAAUCAAAAUUUCAUAUUUGUUAUAACAGUCCAAGCUGUACAUAAAAAAUCACUAGUCACGAAGCUCAAUUGCUCAUUCCUACAUAUAUACAUAAAAGCCAAUUUAAUUUGUAGGUACUUGAGAAUAUAUACAGCCUCUUGGUUUUAUCCCCAUACAAGCGAAAAAUAUCGCCAAUCAGGUUGCAUUAUGUAUAAUGAAACUUGUCGAUCUUGGUAUACUCUGAAAAUCGCCAAGGGGGAGGGGAUGUAAUCGAGGGUGUAUAUAUACACAAGUACCGAUUUUUAUCAGGUAACAAAUUUUCAUAAAUGGAAAUUAUGUUUAGUUGAAAAGAAUCAGAAAUAUAUAUAUAUAUUGUAUAGUAAAUAAAUG